ACUUGGAUACACCUUUCAGCAUUGAUGGUGCCUUUCCAGAUGUGCCUAAUGAAAGAAGAAAGGCAAGAUCUGAAUGAGGUGGAGGAGAAAUAUCAGGAUCAGAAAGAUCAUGAUGUCAAUGGAGAAAAAUCAGUGAGUUGCAGGAUUAAAACAACAGAAGUCAAGAGGCCUUUCAUCUGCUCUCAGUGUGGAAAGAGUUUUACACGGAAAGCUAGCUUACAGGAUCACAUGUUUAUUCAUACUGGAAUAAAACCUUUCAUCUGCUCUCACUGUGGAAAGAGUUUUACACGGAAAGUUAGCUUAAAGGAUCACUUGUUUAUUCAUAUUGGAAUAAAGCCUUUCAGCUGCUCUCAGUGUGGAAACACUUUUACACGCAAAGAAAGCCUUGAGAAGCACAUGUUAAUUCAUACUGGAAUAAAGCCUUUCAGCUGCUCUCAGUGUGGAAAGAGUUUUACACUGAAAGCUAGCUUAAAGGAUCACAUGUUUAUUCAUACUGGAAUAAAGCCUUUCAGUUGCUCUCAGUGUGGAAACACUUUUACACGCAAAGAAAGCCUUGAGAAGCACAUGUUAAUUCAUACUGGGAUAAAACCUUUCAGCUGCUCUCAGUGUGGAAAGAGUUUUAUACGGAAAGUAUCCUUAAAGGAUCACAUGUUUAUUCAUUCUGGAAUAAAGCCUUUCAUCUGCUCUCAGUGUGGAAAGAGUUUUAUAUCUAAAGUAGGCCUUAAGAACCACAUGUCAGUUCAUACUGGAAUAAAGCCUUUCAGCUGCUCUCAUUGUGAAAAGCGUUUCAUAUGUAACCGUAAUCUUAAUAGGCACAUGUUAAUUCAUGCUGGGAUAAAGUCUUUCAGCUGCUCUCAGUGUGGAAAGAGUUUUAGACUGAAACAAGACCUUAAGACUCAUUUGGUAACUCACACUUCAGAAAGUCCUUUCUGCUGCUCUCAGUGUGGAAAGUGUUUUACAUAUAAAUCAAGCCUUAAGAGGCACAUGUUUAUUCAUACUGGGUAAAAGUCUUUCACCUGCUCUCAGUUUGGAAAAACUUUUACACAGAAAGGACAUUGCAAGGUUAAUUUGGUAACCCACUCUUCAUAAAAGCCUUUCACCUUGGGGAGUUAAAGUAAAUGACUGUUUUUCUGAAUGACUGUCAUCAACUGGAUCACCUCAAGGAUGUAUCCUCUCCCCCCUUAUUAUUUAUCUUGUACACAAAGACUGUAAAAGUGAUUUUAGAAAUAGUCAUUCUAUAAUUCCAUAAUCGUUAGCUUGUUGAGUGAGGAGGACUCCAUGUUUGGCCCUGUGGUUUGAUUUUAUUAUGUGGUGUCAGAAUGCUUUCUUGAAACAUACUGUAAAGGCACAAUAUGUAAUUUUUCACCACUGGAGGGCGUAUAUUCAAAACAAGCCGUCUAAGUGAAACAAGGCCAACGAACAAACGUGACACACAUAUAGCUUGAAAGCUUUUAUUAAGCCACAGUUGAUCAUAUCUGCUGCUUACAGUCGUGCGAAUGAGAGAAAUGCAGCACUGUUUUCUCAUUCUAGAUACGUUUGAAAGUCCUGUUAUAAUGCUACUCUGUGCGGUCAUCACCAGUCUAUUAAAACACACAACAUUAAAGCGUCUUUGGUGUUUCCAUGUUUUCUACCAAACAAAACCAGAAAUGGAGGGUAAAUGAAGUAAGGUGUCACAAUGAGACUAUGGCCACUGUCCGUGUAACUAGUUUUAAACUUUCUUUGAAACAUUCGGGAUGAUGUAAGUACACAAGUCAGCAAAAUAUAUAACACUUCUAGUGGUUUUGGGAUAUUGUAAUCUUACAUAUUUUGCAUUUAAUGUUUCUAAAACUAAGGAGAUGACUAUUGAUUUUAACUCUUGGAUGAAAUCUAUUUAGUAUAAGCAAACAAGCAUUAAUGGAUUAUGUAUUGAGAGUGUUUAAUGCCGAUCGAGGAUCAAAUCCACAUUCAUUUUCAGAGUUUAUUUAUUUAUCUUUUCAGUUAACAAUGGCUCUGUGUAGUAACAGCUGCUCUUUGUGAAAUCGCGCACCUGAUGGAAUUUACCGCUGAUUAGAAAACCGGCUUUAUUGACAAGAUGUGCCUAAAGGCGGGCAUACACUGUGCGAUUUCGGCAAGGUACCAACUCACACUGUACGAGUAGAUCGCUUGCGAUAUAAAGCCAAAGCUCAAGAUAUUUAUGCGCUCACUGUACGGUCCGAUCGUUGAGUUGUGAUUCGACUGCUCACACUAUACGUGAGGAAUCAACCGAAUCAACACGUGAGAUCCCUCAGAACCCGGAUGUUUGUGGCGGUUUCUGAAUAACCAUGCUUUCCCGGGAUAAACGCACUGCUUUGGUGAUAUGCGCAAUUCUGUGUGCUGAAACGCCAAAAAAAAAAAAAAAAAUGUUAGAAAUACAUCCGACCAACCGAUUGCCGGUCAGGAGAGGUUAAUUGCCUCUCGUUUCCCCUUGUACACUGCACGACAAACGACGCAUGAAAAUGCUGAAAAUCGGACCAACCCAGAAAAGAAUCGCACGAGUCAGAAUUCAGCUCAAAAUCGGAUGAAAAUCGCACAGUGUAUGCCCGGCCUUAACAAUCGGACCACCCCUACUGUGUUUGAUAACACAUUUUAAUUCUCUCCCAUUACUGAGGUUUUGUGUAAGAGGGGGCGGCAAAGAUUGUGUUGCUUGUGGAAACUAAGGUUAUUUAAUGUGGACAAAACAUUGAUGUAAUAAUUUUUCAGGAAGGAAAUGUAUUGUGUUUUUUCGUUGUUUAUGUGAAAUUUUUGAUUGCUGCAACCAAAUUGCCUUUGGGAAAUAAAUUAAAUGAACUGAACUGAACCUGCUUUCAGUGUGGAAAGUGUUUCCUGCGUAAAGGAUACCUUGAGACUCACAUUUUAAAGGGGUCAUCGGAUGCCCAUUUUCCACAAGUUGUUAUGACUCUUUGGGGUCUUAAUAAAAAGUCUAUAACAUUCUUUAGAUAAAAUUUCUCAAUUGUAGAGACAAUUUUUACCGUCAAAAACAGCUCUGUUUUUGAGUGAGUGGUUUCAGUGCAGGUUCCUUUUAAUGCCAAUGAGCUGUGUUUGUACAAAAGGCCCAAAUAUUCUUGAAUGUCCCGGAUAAUCCCAACCAAUCAGAGUGUUCGAUGCUACCACAUCAUCCCGUGCUUCUGAAGAAGUGGACAGCAGCUGCGUCACUUGUGUGAGAGUGGAAAGUCCGCCAUUUUCAGACUUUUAAUACUUAUAAAUCCACACUGAAUUGCCAUUAAGUUGUGAUUUAUAUUGGGUUACUGUGUGCGUGCAUGUGGAAAACUGAGUUUAGAUUAUAUUUUCUGUGAAAAAUCGUCCAUUUUUUCCAGUUCAUAAGAGCUGUCGAUUACCAUCCUGACUGCAUUAAUCUUCCUAUUAAGUGUAUUUCUAAGUUUUACUACGUUCCGAUUCAGUACGAGAUGUUUAUUGCACACCAUUAUUGCUGUACGUACGGCUAUUUGGAGAUGAUUAUUAUCAUGCUUAAAACGAUUAUCAUGUUUGCUGCUUGCUUUUAUUCAUUUAUGCAUGGUUAAGCUGCAUUCACGUGCUAAUAGCACUCUAUUGUGGACAUUCAAAUAAUUAACACUAAGACCUGUUCAGAAUACUUAAUGUCAUUGCUAUGU